AUGAGGAAGAUCUCAGGCCAACUGCUCUCUUCAAAGCCCGUUUCUGUUUCUACGGCAGCUAAACUCAUCAGCGACUUCGCCGCCUUCGACAACGGCUCCUCCGCCACCAUCUCCCUCUACUUGCAGCGGACGGCCGACGCCUUCAAUCACUUACUCCAAUUUCACGACAAAAACAGCGGCGCUCACAACCCGGAAACGGCCCAUGAAUUGGAGAAAUAUUAUCUGAAUAAAAGCCCGGAUGGAAAGACAGUGAAUGAUUCCAAGAAAAGAGGGAAAAAGAAUAAGAGGACUACUGGAGCAAACCCUAAUGAGGAUAGGGUGAAGGAUUUGGUAUCCGAGGAUAAAGAAGAGAUCAAGGAGGAUUCUAAAAAGUUGAAAAAGAAGAGGAAGAAUGAUGGUUCGGAGGGGGAGAGCAAAAAAAGGAGAAGACUUGAAGGACCUAAAUUACAAAAUUUGCAGGUUUAAACCCUUGGAACCAAUUUGUGUAUAAAUAAGGAAGCAUAUUGACAUCCUUGUCUUGUCUACCUCCAACUUUUGUAGAAAUAAAAGAACAAAUCAAACUAGCAACUUGUUUGGCUCACAAAAAAUGACACACGAAAAUAAACCUGCUAUUCGAAUCCAGA